GUCUGAGUGUAGUCCAAAAGAACGAAUCGUCUACGAAGCACACAGCUUGUCUACAAGAAGGAGGAAGAGGAGGAGGAGUCACUCUAUGAAGAGGAAGAGUCACUACAUGAAGAGCAAGGCUGCAGUGUUGCUGCUCUGGAAAAAAGAUGUCUGUGGAGCUCUUCUCUGCGAGUCCUCCCGCUGGGAACAAUGAGAGUCUUCAAGCCAACAGAGUGGGAGGAAGUAAACCUCUACAUCGCUUCAUGAAGGCACAACCUCAGAGUGUUGGAGUGGCUGUUGUGAUUUUAGGGGUAUCUUUUAUCAUUGCGUCCAUUAUUAUGGGAGUAGAUCAUCCCGCUCACCAUUUGUGGCGAGUCACCCCGCUGGGAUACAUCACUGGAAUAAAGUUCAUGGCAUGUGGUGUUCUGUAUAUCAUCACAGAGCACAACCCAACCAAGAAAACUGUGACAGCAUCCUUGGCUCUCAGCAUCGUGACCAUCCUAUUCUCAAGUUUGAUGAUUUUUUUUCUCAUUCCCAACACUGAAAACCAUCGUUUUCGAACGGGUUUUGACCUUUAUGACACGGAAAACACGACUGCUAUCGAGGACGACACAUGGGCGUCACAUGCUGAGGCCCUUGCAAUAUCAAUUGAAGCCAUCUUCAUAUUCUAUAUGUUUGUUGGUCUAAUUAUUGUGUUGGUGAUGUCGGUGCUGGCUGGAGUUGCUCUGCGUUCCACCAAGACUCAGGCCACUGUAGUGUUGUCCACCAUCAACGCUCAAACAUCUGAUCAAUAACACCAUCAAGAUUUCAUCUUAGUGGGUAAUUCCACAUACUGUACUCAUUACACUACAUCUGGAUUUAGACUAGCAAUAAUAUUUCAAAUGUACCACUCAUUUACCUACAUGAAGUAAUACACGUGUUGACUAUAAAAUGGUUAUCUAAUAAUGAUAAUAAAUGUACAAUAAAAAAAUAUAUAUUUUAUAUCUUAUUUAAAUAUAUGAGAAUGCUAAAUAAUACUGUAAAUAACUAAGUCAUGAUGGUUUUUUCAAUGGACAAAAGUAUAAAAUGAUUACACAAUAUAAAACUGUUUUAAAAGACUAAUAUUUCAUUCAUGUUUAAUGAGAGUGUUGGUAACAAUCAAUUCCCCCUUUGUUUAUGUAUUUAUUUUUUAAUAAAAUAAUGACUGUAUGAAAUCA